UGUCGUUAAAGUAUAGCCCCUCACCUUCUUCCCCCACUUCUUCCCCUCUGCCGUCACUCCGCCGUAAACAGCUAUCACCUCAAUAACAUAUGUUACAUAGCCUUUGUGGUUAACCCUUUGUUGACAUAGAAUUCAAAGGAUGUCAAGAAUCUAUUGUUCGUUUCUUCACUACCUCUUUCACAGAAAUUGAAAACAAAUGCUAUCUCCAUGUGGGUUCCCCUAAUCAGGUCAGUUUAUCGCCGAAAUUUGGUCAAAUAUGACCGCAUUUCCCGAUUCAGUUCAGUUUCAUCACUUGCUCAGUUACCUUUCUCCGACGUAUCAGACUCCGGUUCAGAAGAAAACUACCCACACCCCUUUAACAACAACAAUAUUGCCGCAUUUGAUCAUGCCCACCAGGUGUUUGAUAAAAUGUCAGUUAUUGAAACCUUAAACUACUUAAAAGAACAACCCAAUACAGCAUUGAAUUUACUCACCCGAUUGAAACUAUGUGGUUUUACCCAUGAUGUUGCAACUUAUAUGGCUAUUAUAAGGUUUAUGUGUUACUGGGGUAUGAUUAGUAGGUUAAAGUUUUUGUUUUUAGAGGUUAUUGUGGAUAAAGAUGGGGCUUUUGGGUUUAACGUUUCGGAUUUGUUUGAAGGGUUGUUGAAAGAGUUUAAUGUUGGCGAUCAACAUUUGUUUGUUAUAGCAGUUGAUGCUUUGAUUAAGGCUUUUCUUAACGUUAGACGGCUUGAUCAAGCGUUUGAGGUUUUGGUAAAGAUACAAGGUCGAUUUGUUCUGUCUGUGCGGACGUGUAAUCUUUUUUUGAACGAGUUGGUUGAAGAGGGUGAAGUAGAUACCGCUAUGGCGGUUUAUGAACAUUUAAAGACGAGCGGUUUUUGUCCAAACGUGUGCACGUAUGGGAUUGUGGUUAAAGGACUGUGUAGGAAAGGACGCGUGAAUGAAGCUGCAGAUGUCUUCAGAGAAAUGGAAGAAACUGGAGUUGAGCCCGAUGCGUUCACGUUCGGUUCGUAUAUUGACGGGCUUUGCUCAAAUGGCAACACAGACUUGGCUUUUGUGUUGCUUAAAAGGUCGCGAGACGAUGGUUCACCCGUCGAUGUUUUCACAUACGCUUCUGUCAUUCGUGGUUUUGUAAGAGAGUUGAAGUUCGACUCUGCAGAGAACGUUUUUCUUUACAUGAAACAGUCGGCAAUCGUGCCUGAUGCUUAUUGUUACGGGGCGUUAAUCCAAGGGUACUGUAAAAGAAACAAUCUUCGAAAGGCCUUGGAUCUUCACGAUGACAUGAAUUCAAACGGUAUCCAAACUAAUUGUGUUAUCUUGAGCUCAAUUAUGCAAUGUUUGUGUCAUUUGGGGAUGUUGUCCGAAGCUGUGGACCGGUUUACAAAAGCAAAGGAAUCCGGUGUUUUUCUCGAUGAAAUUUCGUACACGAUUGCUAUUGAUGCUCUAUGCAGACAACGGAAAAUCGGUGAAGCAGUUUUGUUGCUAGACGAGAUGAAAUUAAAGAAAAUGAACCCAGAUGUUACGCACUACACAACUUUGAUCAAUGGAUUUUGUCUUCUUAACGAUCUUAAGAACGCUUUAAAAAUCUUUAAUGAGAUGAAUGAGAAUGGCUUGAAACCCGAUACGGUUAUCUUCCAUGCGCUUAUUGGUGGGUUUUUAAAAUGCGGGCGUUAUAAGGAGAUGAUGAUUCUUUUAGAUAAUAUGGUGGUACGCGGUUUAAAGCCCACAAGUACUACGCAUAACAUCGUCAUCGAUGGCUUAUGCAAAGGUGGAAAGAUGAAGCAAGCAGCAUCAUUUUUUAAUAAGCUUGAAACAAAAAGCUUGAAUAAUUAUGUUGCUAUGAUAAAUGGCUAUUGCGACUUAGACAAUGUAGACAAUGCAUAUGAACUUUUUGUUACAUUACCCGAGCAAGAAAAGACCGGGCUUCUGCUAGCAAAAAAUGGCUGCUUUAAACUUCUUACUGGCCUGUUUGAAAAACGCAAAACCAAUGAAGCAAUUAAGCUGUUUAAAACAAUAUUGGGAUCAGAAAAUGGACUGUCUAAGAUUAUGUAUAGUAAGUUAAUAGCUGCGUGUUGUCGGGCUGGAGAUAUGAUAACAGCCCGUGAGGUUUUCGUUACGAUGAUUGCAAGAGAAAUACCACCUGAUGUCAUUUCCUACACGAUUAUGUUACAUGGUUAUUUUAAGAUGAAUUGCUUAACCAAAGCUUAUGAUAUUUUUCGUUGUAUGAUACAUGAUGGUAUACAACCUGAUAUUAUAACUUAUACGGUAUUUUUGGACGGGGAGUCUAAAGUAAAACGAAAGGGAUUUAUCAGUAGCGAAAACGGGAGCGAAGAAAAGGGUUUGCAAAGAUAUUUGACUAAAAUGCAAGAGUUGACUCCUGAUCUUAUUCACUACACGGUCUUAAUUGACCAUCAUUGUAAGUCAAACAACUUACAGCAUGCGAAGUUUCUUUUCAAUGAAAUGAUUGAAAGAGGUUUAAAACCAGAUACGAUAGCAUACACAUCUCUUAUACGUGGCCACUCACCUAAGGAAUAUGUAGAGGCUCAAGUACUUUAUAACAAUAUGCUACGGGCGGGGGUCCCACAGGAUUCACGAUCCGUGCGAGCUCUAGAAAGGGUGAAGCUUACAAUUCGUGGAAAUCAAUAUGAGGGCUAAAGAUUUUAUGCCAUAAAUUAUUCUUUUUGUACACAACCGACUAAAUGUCUUAGUAGCAUGAAACUAUACAUAAGUCACUUGUAUGUGUCCAUAUUUAGCACGCGCCUGCAUUGGUCUUAGUAGCAUGAACGUACAACGCUAAAACCAAGACAAUACCAACUUAUAGUGCUCGAAGAGCCAUAUUUGAUACUUUGUUACAACACUUGCUGAAGAAAAAGAAAAUGAGCAGCGCAGAAGGCUGCAAUCAAAGGUCAUCAACAUUUGCCUAUGCUAUCAUACAGCUUUUAUGCAUUGUUUUAGUUAUGUCACUAGGUGCUUGGCCCGUGUUCCUUGUUUUCUUUCCCGUCGUUGGAAUUUGCAUCUGGUUACAGCAAUAUUACAUACCUUCGGCACGAUUCGUUGGAGUAUGCAAAGCGCCCUGUCAUUCAGCACUUUUUCGAAACAAUAUCCGGAUCAACGACUAUUAGAAGCUUUGAUCAAAAAUUUUGCUAAUUAUUGAUGUUUGGAGCUUUGAAUUCCAGUUGUCAUUGAUGAUUAUCUAGCUUUGAUGGAUGGUUUAGUUGAAGCAAUUCGACGUAACGUCAAAAGGGUAUAUGCUUUUUUUACCAAUUCCCAAAUCUUAUUUGAUCAGAUUACAAAUGAGGAAGUGCCUGAGAAUCCACUUCUCAUGGCAUUGAGACAAAGAACAUGUUAAAAAUCUUGAACAUUUGGUUCUAAAAUGUGUUCCUGAUGUCAAUCUCGAGCCUCCAUUGCACCUGGCGCGAGUGGCAAGAGCGAUCCAACUGUUGAAAAUUGUUUAAUAUGUUGUGAAGAUAAACCAUCGUUCAUGAUGGUCACACUGAAAUGCUGUUCCCAUUGCUUGAAGGCUUAUGUUGAUGAAAAGUUGGGCUAUCUGAGGUUUCCCAUUAGGUGGCUGAGCCCAAAAUGCAAAUAUUACAUUUCUGUCCCUGAACAUAAGUCUUUUCUUCCUGUUGGCUCUUUUAUGUCGUUACAGGAAGCUCUUUUGGAACCAAAUGCGUGUGCGUGCGGCUGACAAGUUUUACUGUCCUUUUGCUGACUGUGCGGUUCUUCUUGAUCCUAGACCUUCAUUAACCAUGGGGGUCCCACGUACUCCAUCAAGUUCUAUUACGAAAAAGUCGAUUUCUGGUGGUUCUUUACUUAAAUCCGGUGGACGAUGGUGAAAGUCAAACAUUAUUGCCUUGACUGUAACUUGAGAUAGUUUAGCAUUGCUUAUCUUUUUUAUUAUUUUUGUCGAGUCAAAUCGAACACUUGUUCAUACCGUUUUAUUCAUAUUACGACUCUAUUUUUUGUUGUUUUCUCUUUUGUUUUGCUAACUGUACCGUAUUUGAUCGAAAUUGGUGUUGUUCUUUACGGUACUGACAUAACUCUUUAUGGUUAUCAAACGAUUUAAAACAUGGAUUGGUAUUCUUUUAGACCUAUCGGAUCGAUAAUAUAGAUAUACAAGUUAUAUAUGAUUUAUUUAUCGUUUUAAGGUUAGAAUUAUAGAAAGAAUCUGUUUAUCGCGCCGCAACAAGCGCGGGUUUACCACUAGUAUACUUAAUACAGAAGUACCAAGUCCUUUGAUACACAAAACAUUGCAUUUAAAAAACAUGUUUGUUGUUAAGGUUGUCAUAAAUGCUUACUUUAUAAACAGAUGCAGGAGAAAUUGAAGGAAAGAGAGCGGGUAUUGCGUAAGAGAUAAGAGCGAAAAGAACAAGAAGUGGAGAGGGUGCGCGUUCAAUAGUGCUCAGAAAGGAACUAUUUUGUCAUAUCACGCAUUACUUGUAUAGACAAUUAAAGAUCUACAGAAUGCAAAUGAAUGCAAAGCUUUGUUAGCCGAAGUAAUAGCCACAGAUGCAACUACAAAAGAAUAUGAAGACGGUAAAACAGUUUUUACUUCAUGGUCAACAGCCAGACACCUGCUCAAAGACGACAAUCGGUACAACAAAAUGCCAAGAAAAGAUAGAGAAUCAUUAUGGCGGUGGCAUGUCGAGGACCUGCAACAAAGGCGGAAGUCAACAGUUGAAGAAGAUAUGGAAAAACAUGGUGAUGGUAAAACAACUAGUUCAGUUGAUUGUAGGAAACACCUUUCUGGGUACAAGAGAAACCAUGGUCGUGUAUAUCCUUUUGACAUCUUAUCAGCCUCUUAACGGCCUGCUUAUGAUCUGUUAUAUUCCUUUACUUUGUUUAUUUUGUACACUAUGUGAAGGCCAAAGAUAUUACCGGACCGUUUUGUUACAGUAGGGCUGUUAUAGAUAUAAACAAAGCUGUUUUAAAGAUGUUUUGAGGUUAAUUAUACAAACUGCUUGUUUUUUUAGUUAA